UGAUAAAUGUGUAUACACACGCAUAUAUAUAUAUAUAUAAAUAUUCUAGUCCAAAUAAAAAGAAUAAUACGAAUUCAGAUUAGAUUUAGAUUAGUGUAGGAAAUCACAACAAUAAUAAUAAAUAUUGCUUUGUAUGCAUAAUUAGUGUUAAAUGGAACUUGUCAAAUACUUAAUUAAUUUUACUUCGGCUAAUUCAAUGCUGUUAAAGAUGUUGUAAGUGAUUUUAAUGGAGUUCAUAUUAAAAUAUUAAGGACUUGUCUUAAAAACUUAAAAUGUCUAAAGCUAUUGAUCUGUAUGAAUUUCUUUUGGAAGCAGAACUUCAUCAGUAUUAUUCCGAGUUGAAAAAUGAUCUGAAAGUGAUGACUGUUCCUCAAGUUAAGUUUGUUACGGAAGAUGAUCUGUAUCAAAUUGGAAUGACAAAACCAGAAAUAAGAAGAUUAAAGAAAUACUUCCAAAAACAUUACCCUCAAAAUUAUUUUUCCAAAUUUAAAAAGUUGAUAACAUCAAAAGACACUAAAGAUCAAUGGAAUGAAUGUUCAGGUUCACAAGAUUCAUUAAAACCUAUUUAUGAAAAACGACCUCCAGCUCGUGUUCCCAAUAAACACAUUAUUCCAGCUGAUUCAAUAACUAUAAAUAAAGAAUUAGGAGUUGGCGAAUUUGGAGUAGUACAACAGGGUGUUUGGACUAAUGAAGGGGAUAGAAUUCAAGUUGCCAUAAAAUGUUUGAGUCGUGAACGAAUGCAGAACAAUCCUAUCGAGUUUCUAAAAGAAGCUGCAAUUAUGCAUAGUAUUGAUAAUGAACACAUUGUUAGAUUAUAUGGAGUUGUUUUGGAUACAGAUGCAUUAAUGCUAGUUACAGAAUUAGCUCCUCUUAGAUCUUUAUUAGAAUGUUUGAAAGAACCAACACUUAGAGCAAGUUUCCCAGUUAUGUCAUUAUGUGAUUUUGCUACUCAAAUAUGUAAUGGAAUGCAUUAUUUAGAAACUAAAAGACUUAUUCAUAGAGAUUUAGCUGCUAGAAAUAUUUUAGUAUUUACAAAAAAUAAAGUCAAAAUAUCAGAUUUUGGUUUAUCACGAGCUCUUGGUGUGGGUAAAGAUUACUAUCAAACAAAUUUUAAUGUUAAUUUAAAACUACCAAUCGCUUGGUGUGCACCAGAGUGUAUAAGUUAUUUACGGUUUACUUCAGCUUCUGAUGUAUGGGCUUAUGGAGUUACAUUAUGGGAAAUGUUCAGUUAUGGUUUUCAACCCUGGGCAGCACUAACUGGACAACAAAUACUUGAAGCUAUAGAUGAGCCAAAUUUUCAGAGAUUAGAACAGCCAGAUUGUUGUCCAAAAGAGUAUUUUAAUGUCAUGUCUAAAUGCUGGCAACACGAUCCUUUAAAACGACCACGUUUUUCCGAAUUAGUAAAUAUUUUACUAGAUUGUAAACCAGAACAAGUACAAACUAUAGUCAAUUUUGAAGAAAAAAAACGAGAUAUGCUUCAAUAUUCCAUAAAAGAAGUUAUAACAGUACUUGAUAAAACGCCUGGUGUACCAAACCUUUGGAAAGGAGUAUUGUGUAAUGGAAAAACGGGCUUGUUUAAUCCAUCAAACACUGUAGCCUAUUUGGGCACUAAUUUGCCAUCUAAUAGGAACUCUGAAUUUAGUAGAAAUGAUUUAAAGUAUUCAUCUAGGCGUAGUAGUCGUUUAAGAAUUGACAUGAUAUCAUGUCCACAAGGUGAUGUUAAACAUAUGGGACAUGUAGGUCUUGAUGGAGCAUAUUUUGGAGAUAUUGAAUUUAUGAGUACAAAUGCACCAAAAUAUAAUCAUCUACCUCAUCAAGUGGUUACACCUUAUAAACCACAAGAAGACUGUGCUAGUGUUAGUGACUCUCCAAAUUCAAUCAAAACUUUUUCAGAUCGUGCCCCAUUGCUCAAUAGCAAUAAGACUGACACAAAAAAAAAUGAUCUAUCAACAUGGUUAGAGAAAAAUAGAAUAGCUAAAAUAUUAACUGAUCAUGAGUACCAUGAAAUAAGUGAUGAAGACACUGUUGCUGAAAGUCCUAGAUUUGAAAAAACAUUUGAUUUUGGUCCUAGUUUAACUGAAGAAAUUGAAACAGAAAUAAGUCAACGUUUAACUUCUUUUGAUAUAAGUACAUAUGGUAUCAGUAAUUAUGCUGUAUCACCACCAAGGUCGCCCUUAGAUCCUCUUGACACAAAUCAUCGAAAUGAAUUGCGUGAAAUAGCAGCUAAUUUUGCUGCUGCUUGUAAUUCUAAAUCAAAAAAGAAACAAGCCACAGUUAAACCAAUAUCAGCAUCUGAUGAAAAAACCCUUGACUCAGCUAUUGCUAUGGCUAAUGAGCUAGCUAACAGAACAAUGGGAUCAGAUUUUAAACAACCCCUUAGUCAUAUACCUGACUCACCAUCAUCACCUAGUAAACAUAUGUUAACAUUUAAAUUUCCAAAUCCCAUUGUUUCUCUGACAAAACCACAGAAACAUGAAGUAAAAACAUUCACUGAUGAAGCUGCUUCUAUUCCAGAUAUUCAAUCAUGUAGUAGUUUGCAAUCGUUUUCUUCUUUUAUUAGUGCUGAAUCAUUAUUAGAUAAUGCUCCAUUUCGUUUACCUUUGUGGGAUAAAGCUUCAACUGAAUUUUAUUUUGCACGCUCUAGAGAGUUGUUAACAAAAGAAUCACCUAGUAUAGGAUCAUUAGACUAUAUAUCUUGCAAUUCUAUGAGAUCUAAUGAGCACUGCUCUAAUUUAGAUUCUACAGAAACAUUAGUUGGGGAACAAUAUUCGUGUCCUAAUUCGCCUAAAUUUAGAUCUAAAAUCUCAAUAGAAGUUUAUAGAGCAAAUACUUUACCAUCUAGUAAAAAUAAAGAUAAAAUAAGAAGAAGUUGGUCAGACUCUGAUAGUAAUCUGUAUGAAGAUAUUCUUACAAAAAACCAUUCUAAUUUUCGUCUAAUUGAUGAUGAAAAUGGAGAGCUUUAAGUGUGCUUAUUACUUUUAUCUAUCUUUCUUUUUUUGUUUAUUGGGUGUUGUGCCAUUAUGAAUAAUUUAAUAAUAGCUUUUGAUUAUUUAAAAAAAAUAGUAAUAUAUACAUGCUGACAUUUCAACACAUAAUUUUUCAAGAUAAUUUAUGACUCACUUAAGAUUAUUAUUUGACCCUAAUUGCGUACUAUAUGUAAAAAAAUGUUUUUUAAUGAACACAAUAUUACUGUUUUGUUUUAAGUAGUGAUUUUAAUUUACACUUUUUUAUGCUGUCAAAAGAUAGAUUUCUAUUUUAUUUAAUUUUAGAACAUUUCAAACUUUUUCAUUUUUAAAGCUACUUUCCAUUGUUUUUUUAAUUCUUUAUUACUUGAGUUUAUAAUUUGUUUAUUAAUAAGUUAUUGUAGAUUAGUGUAAUAUUAGCAUGUUUUGUGUUUAUUUUUAUUUGUUUUGUUUUUUAUUUUCUUUAUUCCUUUACUUUCCUUGUUGUGUCCUCUUCAAUCUCAUAGGGCUGUUUGACUGAAGAAGCUAAACUUGCAUAUAAUGGAUUAAUUGAAAAACCAGCAACGGUUGAUUGUGCACAUUCUUUAA